AUGAAAGGAAGACACCAAGAAUUGCUCGUCCGCGAGGACGGUAUGGUCCAACAAGAUAAGGUCCCCGGCCAUAACGAUGCCAUAUACGACGUCGUGCCUAAGGAAGACCAGAUAUUGAAAAUCGAGUUCCUCGAGGUUGCCCCAACGCCUAUUCUCGCCGACCGUGUCUUCUUCGCCUACCUAUGCGGUUAUCUACCUGAAUCUAAGAAGGAGCUAGCACUUCCCGACGAGGGCCUUAUCAAUGCGACCCUUACUGUGAGCAUCUCUGCUAUUUACGCGGAUGGUAGUCACGACGACGAAGAAUCCUUUACAUUUCCGUUAAAGACUACACCCUUCAAUGAUCUAGCCCACCUCACUAUUCGCGAUUCCCGUGGAGUUCAGGUCGACUAUAUGCCUAGUAGCGGUCGGAGUGAUAUUUUAGUAGAUUUUCAGAUUCUUACAAUGUUUUUAAGGAGCGGUAUAUGGACAUUCAAGGUCGACGCGAGACUCGGAGGUAUAGACAAUACGUGCCUAUUUGCUAUGUCGUUGACACAAUGGUUAGAAGGGGGGCUUAAAUAG